AUGUCCUUCGAAGGAGUUGGGCCAGCCGAGUAUGCGUUGAUACAAGAGUUGUUCAUCAAUCCCAGGGUCUACAUCCCUACGCACCCGAAGCAUAUCGCUCAGCGCUUGCAAGAUUCAGCAUUUGUUGAAUGUACUACUCAUCUUGAAGACACGCCUGAUUUUCCGUCCUUUGCCGUUCCAGAGCCUAUCUUUCCUCCCGAGACCGAUCUCCACGACGAGGGAGCAGACGAUGUCCUCGCAAAGUCCAUCCAAGUAUUUUCUCCCGAGGCCAUCUUCAAGCUAUCGAUGGAGGCCACCAUACCCUACAUACGAAUCUCGCACGCAGUCUCGAAGCUGGAGCUGCCAUCCCUGAGAAGUGACCCGAGGCACGACCUCAAAGCUCUCGGUCGAGCAGUAGCCGAGGCCGAGUGUCUGGACUUCUUCCGCAAGCCUAACACAUUACCUCGCGAGCCUGUCGAUGAUGCGAUGGAUGAAGGUCUCGGUCUUCCACUCUUUGCGGUACACUUCCACGAUCAGCUUGCAGGGGAAGCCGACCUCGAUGAGCUUGAUUACACCGAGGAAGAUUUGGCAUACGUUGCAGAGUCAACAUACGUAGGUUGGUCCAAGAGGGACUUUGACGAGUUGAUUGAACUGGAGAUGAUCCCAGCCAUGAACAGAGUCGAAACCAUGACUCCGCCACUCAUCACGAUACCCUUUGACGAUACAGAAGAUGCAGGGCUGUUUAUACCGGAUGCUGAUGUCUGCGAGAUCCCUCAGUUUUCAGACCCAGAGAGCCUUCUUGAGGAGGAUCUUGAGAGAUCCCGACACAACCUAGCCGAGACCUAUAAUGAUCUCGAGUUCCUCGAUGCAUCAACGCUGGACAUUCUCAACAUACCUUCAGACACCCCAAGCUUCGACAUUCCCACUCCUCAACGAAAUAGCACAGUACCAGCCAUGGAGGUCCCAAUCCUGCCCAUGUCCGACGAUUCUACAUCAAGAAGCAAGGAAGAGGACUCAUUCAGGGCAAUCCUACGCAACACUGCAGAAUUCAACUCAAUCAACCUUUCGGGACCGUUAAGAUCGAACCCUUGCUCGGAAGAAGAAUCCAAAUUCAACGAGCAAUUCAAUCUCCUCCUGACAGAGAAAGCAAAUACCCUAGUGCGGAAGCUCGAACAAGAGCAGGUCGAGGUAAUUGAUGCCAUUGCCAGAAUGCAGCCUCCAGUCCUCGAUUUCAGCGCACCUAAACCAGGUUGGGAGGGGGCCACCCAAGGCCCAGAAGAGAUGCUUCUUUGGAUCCGCUGCCAGAAAUCCGAGCAGUUCACAUCACCACCGUGGCCACGAAAUCGAAAAGAACAAAGGGAGUUGCGAUGGAUCCCUUUUCCAUCUUCCCUAGGUCUGGUGGAAGUCAGGGAGUCCGUGGGAGAUGGCAAAGUGUUGCAACAUCUACUUGAUGGGCGACGAUCUACGACACUACCGACGAGCGCUGAUUACGUACGGCAAAUACAUACACUCAAGGCGAUACUUCCCGACGAUGACGACGAAGAGAUCCCGAUGCCUGAUGACGAUGACCAAGCUCACAGUAGCUCACCUUCCUCAAGGGAAGACCUCAUGCAACUUAUUCGAAAACGCAAACAGGAACAAGCUGCCAAAGAUGAUCACGCAGAUCAGGAGUCGCCGACUGUGGGCGUUAAGCACCGUCGGACAACCACAACUACACAGUCAAAACCGAUAACGUCUUUGGGACAAGGCUUGCUCCUCGGCGAAAAUGAGAACAAUGCCGCGGGAAAGCUUCUCGCGAACUACAUGGAUCUUCGAGGUGCGAAACGAGUCGCAAACCCAUUCGAGCCGUUAUUCCCAAUUACGAAGCGCAAGGUCGCUCAAACUCCAGCGCCGGUCUUCGGACAGGUAUCAUCAAAACAGAGAUCACAGAAGGCCCCCGUCGAUGUUCCAGUCCCAACCAUUAAGCACACAAACGGCCACUCGCGCAUCAUAAUAUCCACCGCCCUCCCGCGGGCAAUCAUGCUGGCCCUUCAAGCCAAGCUACCAGGCAUCGAUCUCGUAGACCGUGACUUCUCACGACACAACAAACGCGUCUGGUCCCCCGGAAGCGUCAAGACCAUAGAAAAGCCAUCCCCGCUAUCCUAUGAAGCCGACAUCAUCCCUUCCCCAACAACAGGCGUCAUCACCACAACAAUACUCAAAGUUCGACAGAAGCCCCUCCCAGGAUCCCGCCCGCAGCUCUCCCAACUCUGCGACCGCGUGACAAGAGUCGCACCGCUCUACGAACACCUUAGUAUCCUCGUCUCAGAAGACAACCCCAUCGCAGAACACAUCGGGCCGCUCAGCGAAGCCGACGCCGCAUCGUACGCCUCCUUCGUCGCUUUCGCAUGCUCUCUCAGCAACAGCAGCGGCUGCACCAUCGACGUAGUCUACGUGGCCGGCGGCCAAAAGACACUAGCCCACUGGACGUGCGCCCUCGUCUCGACGCACCUCAAAAAAGCAUCCCACGAGGUGCAGCAAGCCAUCAUGUCGGAAGAGACGGAAUGGGAAGUCUUUCUCCGACGCGCCGGCUUCAACAUGUACGCGGCUCAGGUCGCUCUCGCAGCCGUCAAGAGGGGUUCUCCAGUCGUCAACGUCGACGGCGACAGCAACGGCAACAAUGCUCAAGACCGGACGCUCGUGCGGUUCCUGAAAAUGAGCCCCUCGGAGAGAGCGAAGGCGCUCAAGGGCUUUUUUGGUGGUGGGAGUCUGAUGGACAGAGUCAGUGCGCGUCUGGGCUGA